AUGACAAUUGUCGUUUUCCUCAUCGAUUCCAGUGCCUCAAUGGCCCAAAAGACUUAUCAGGGCACCGCGAUGCUGGAUGUAGCUCGGUCCAUCGUUGAAUUGAUCCUCAAGCAACGGGUACGUGAUGCAAGUGCACGUGGUGAUCGAUAUAUGCUGAUGUCGUUCGAAGAUUUUCCUAUGAAUGUAAAGGCGGGAUGGCGAGAAAGCCAAAGUGUCUUCCAGGAACAAUUAAAAAUGCUGAAACCGCAUGGUCUGACGUCUUUUGGUACUGCUUUAGGCUCAGCAUUAAGAUUUGUGAAUGUGAAUAGACUGCAAACCGGUAUUGAUAAUUUUGGUGCUGGUCGUUAUCCAUUUUAUAUCGAACCAGUUGUUAUAAUUAGUAUAACUGAUGGUAACUGUUUGACAUGUCCUCAGUUUGGAACUGUUAAUGAGAUCAAAGUUGCUAAGCCUGCAGCAAUUGGUAACGAACUGAUUGAAGAGCCGUUUAGAUGGGAUCAACGUCUCUAUUCAAUAGUGUUGCGUCUCAGUGGUAAUACUCCUGUGGGAAAAGUUUCGCCUGGAAUGAAUAUACCUUCCGAUAAUAGUCCUAUCGAUGCGAUGUGUAUUGCAACCGGAGGACGGUCAUAUUGCGUGUCGUCGCACAAGAUGCUGGCUGUGUGUGUUGAAUCGGUCGUUCAGAAACUGCAGCAACAGGGAAUCGUUUUGCGUUUCGAGAAAUAUGGACCAGAUCCAAUAUUGAAUCCCGAUCGAACAAACGGUGUUGUUGAAAACGGAAAUUCGAAAAAAAAUGGUGAAUUAGCAUCUGUUGGUGGUAAAUCAUUUAAUUCAGAUAAUUGGCAUAAUGUUACUUGUACCGUUUACUCACGUGCUUCUCGAUCAUAUCCCGGUCACUGGCCUAUUCCAGAGGCGUUUUGGCCUGAUCGCAGCAUGAUAAGUUUACCACCACGAAAAGCUCAUCCUGUGAUCUCAUUUCGUUGUGAAUCUUGUGAACCUCUUGUUUGUCAGGAUUUCCCAUUUGAUAAAUAUGAGCUUGAACCUUCACCUUUAACGAAGUUUAUAUUAGAGCGUAAACAACCUGGAGUCUGUUGGCAGGUUUUUGUUCAUAAUUCAAGUGUACUCGGAAGUUCACCGGCUCCUUUUGGAUACCUCAAAGCGGCCACCAAUUUAUCAUGUGUAAAUUUAUUUAUAAUGCCUUAUAAUUAUCCGCUUUUGCUUCCACUAAUUGAGGAAAUGAAAAUGGACUCAAAAGCCAGAAAUAGCCAUUCCUGGAGAUUGCGUUUGGAGAAGUACUUGACCACAGUUCCAAGUUACUAUGUGCAGCCAUUAAAAAAGGCAUUUAAUCGAUUAAAUAUUUCCCAUCCAAUGUUGGAACCUGAUCAAGUCCAGCAAUAUUCGUAUAACAUAUUGUCGUACAUUGCGAAAGUGAAGCAUAUGGCUCGAGAAGAAUUUGAAUCACUAUGUAGUACUGUGGCAGCAUCAUUACAAAUCUCGGUCCCGCUUAUAUCAUUGGUUGGUGUUCAGAAGCGUUCGCGUCUUCGGGAUAGCCGAAGCAUAAAAAGGGUCUCUGGGUGUAGUGAUAUGGACAGUUUUCAUGGGUUUCAGGUACAAGUUGACAUUCCGAAAAUACUGAUUGCUCCAUCUUUACAAUUUCGAAAUCCAUUUGAAAUUAGACGGGGUAAGCUCUUCGAACAAGUGCAAAAAAUGCGAAUCAAUUUAACGCAACAGCUCAACGUAGGGCAGAUACCGGUAUUUGAAGGUGGUCGACCGGGUACUAGUAUCAAAUUGCAACAUGCCGAGGAUUUGCAUAAUCUUCCCAUUAAUCAGAUGGGAAAUUAUCAGGAAUAUAUCAAGAGCCUUGAGGCUGUGGGGCGUGGUCCACUUAGAGAAGUUGAACCUCAAGCAAUUCGUGCACAUGCGUUCGGGAACCCAUUUAAAAUCGAUAAGAAGACUAUGGCAGUGGAUGAAGUAGGUGAAGGGAACUUACUGGGAACUUCUCCGAAAGUAGAAACUUCGAAAAAACGGUUGUCUUCGGGUUCAAGUACUUCAAGCGCAGAUAGUAAUCGGCCACCACGACGAAAGGCGGGACCUUUAGCAGCUGAUUCCUUGUCUCAAUGGCGGCGACGACGACGGCGCAGCACAUCCUUAUGUUCAUCGGUUGUUUCUUCUUUACCCGAUCUCGAAUCAGCUUCUCUCACUUCCGAUCUCUUUCCCGAAGAUUCUCAAUCAGCUACUGGUUCAGGUUGCAGACCGUCUACAUCAGGUUUAAACGAUAAUUCUGAACGUAGAUUGAAUGGUGAUGUGCAUGAGAAGUCUCUGAAAAGGCUCUCCCCAACAAGGUCUCAAUUUUCACCAUUGGACAAGAAAUCACGUUUGGAAGGUGCAUCACGUUUAGAAGAAUCGGCAUUGAAGGCGAAAAAAUUACUUUUGGGCAAAUUUGUAAGGAAGCUGGCAAACGCUGAAAAAGUAAUGUCGAUGCAGAGUACGGAAAUAGAAGAUCUUUGUAUCGUGGAUCGUAGGAUAUGCUUGCGUUACGCGCUGCGUGAAGCAAGACGAUUUCGGAGGAAAGCACUGAUAGAUCUUAUAACCAAGCAGUUGAAUCAGAUGUUGUCGAAUGCUUCCAUCAGUGAAGAUUUGUAG